AUGCCUUGAAAUGACUACUUACUAGCUCGCCGUGCAUGCAAGUGAUAAAUCUGUUUACUAUACUUGCGUUGCUUCCACUUGCUCAGUACCGGGAUAGUUGCAAGCUUGCGUAAGGGGGAGGUGCUGUGGCUUGCCAGCCGGAAACCCGCCUGGACUGGAUCGGAUCGAAUUGCGCCGCGCGCCGCUGGCACGUUCCUCGCACCGUGUAGUAAGUAGCACGUCGAGUAUCAUACUUGCACACGGUCACCACUCUAGCGAAGACGCGGAGCAACCUUUGAAUGGCCUUUUCGAGGCAGUCCUGUGCUAUACUGAUUGUUUUCGAAGGAAGACACUUUGCAGCCUGUAGCUAGCUUUCCGUUGCAAUUUCGCGGCCAGCAAGGAGCCAACACCAUGUCUGAAUCCGGUCGUAGAUUCUCGAUCGUGACUGGGUUUUUCGUGCAAGACGACCCUCAUGCAAUACCGGCGACGAUCGGCGCCCUGCCGCCCCGCUUCGGCCUCGUAGAUGACUCGCCGGACUGCUGGCCGAAGUUCAAGCAUCGCGUUACUGAUCUAAACAAGACCGCACCUCAGGGUACGACGUACAAGGUCUUCUUUCUUGGAAGGCACGGGCAAGGAUGGCACAACGUCGCUGAAGCGAAGUAUGGCACUCAAGCUUGGGACGAUUACUUCUCAAAGCUAUACGGCGACUCGCAGAUGACAUGGGGUCCGGAUCCCCUACUUACGGCCUUGGGCGUUCAGCAAGCAGAAACAGCGCGGACAGCUUGGCUCAAGGAGAUCCCGAACGGGAUGCCUACCCCGGAGCGGUGCUACGCAAGUCCAUUGCACAGGGCCCUAAGUACUUGGCAAAUAACAUUCGCAAGCGAUGAGACAUUCCCUCAACAAACACGCAGAGUCAUGAUCCUUGAGAACUUGCGUGAGGAGCAUGGUGUACAUACCUGCGACAUGCGCGAUACUCGUUCUAUGAUUGCACGCAACUUCCCGCCGCUCACGUACGACUUCGAGCCUGGAUUCGUCGAGGAGGACCUUGUCUGGCAAGCGGAUGUCAGAGAGACUAAGGAUCAUAUAAAGGCGAGGGCGCAAUCAGUACUGUAUAGGAUAUUCGACGAAGCUGCAGAGACCUACAUCUCGAUCACUGCCCAUGGUGGUAUCAUAAAUGGAAUCCUGGCAGCGAUGGGACGUGCUGCGUAUUCUCUACCAACAGGAGGUGUCCUACCACUGGUCAUUCGUAGCGAGAUUUCAUGAUUCAAAUAAUGAGCCUCAGCAAGUCGGUUCCGCGGGAUGGAAUCCUGGAUUGGGAUGGCAGGGUGUCGGCCGGGUAGUUUUAGCGAUUAGUGUGCAAAAUGCAUGACAUAUGUAGAACGGGGCCACUGUACGCUUUGACGGCAGACAAUGGACGUGAGGGUGGGCAAAUGGAUGAGGACGCUUUGACUUAGGAGUGAUGGUGAAACGAGGAGGAGAUGAGCCGCGGCCGCGCCGGAUUA